AUGGCUGACAGCAGCACAAUGACAGUGGGCACAGCUCGGAGCCUGCUGGUGGACUCCUCCGUGUAUGACUCCAGAAUGGCUGAGACCUCCAAGGAGCAUGUGUUCCUGGGCUUAGCAUCAGAAGACACACAAGAUGUGCUUCCUCAAGUUGAAACCAGAGUUGUACUGGUGGGAGACGCUGGCAACAAUCAAGACCUUGUGAAAGCAUUGGAGGCCAUCAGGAUAAUGGAAGUCCCAGUGGUAAAGAUAAAGGGAGGUGAACCGGGUGCCGAGUCGAGUGAAAAGUUGAUAAAAUCUAUAGUCAAUAUGGACAUUAACAUGCCCUGCAUAAAGACCCAUGAUGUCAAAGAGUUUGGAGAUGGAGAGAAUGCCGAGUUCGAGACAGUGUUUGUGCUGACGGAUUUCCAGUCUCCUGAAUACAGCUACUUAUACAAAAAUGACAACCGGAUAGUGGGCCCGCCCGUCGUGCUCCACUGCACAGCAAGGGGGGAGCCUCUGCCGUUUUCCUCCCGACCGCUGUACUCCACCACCAUGCUAAAUCUGGCAUUGUGCUUCACCGGAUUCCGCAAGAAAGAAGAAGUUGUGAAUCUGGUGAAUCUGGUCCACCACAUGGGGGGCACUAUUCGCAAGGACUUCAGUGCCAAAGUCACCCACCUCAUUGCGCACUCGACCCACGGGGAGAAGUAUAGGCUGGCAGUAUGCAUGGGCAUACCCAUCCUGACGCCAGAGUGGAUCCACAAGGCCUGGGAACGCAGGGAUGAGGUCGAUUUCAGUGCUGGAGAGGAGGAGUUCCGUACUGAAUUCAAAGUCCCUCCUUUCCAAGACUGCGUGCUAAGCUUCUUGGGCUUCUCUGAAGAGGAGAAGGCGAACAUGGAGGAGAGGACAAUAAAGCAUGGUGGUCAUUACUUGGAGGUGGGAGAUGAGAAGUGCACCCACAUGGUCGUGGAAGAGAACUCCAUUAAAGAGCUGCCCUUUGUACCCUCAAAGAGAUUAUACGUUGUAAAGCAGGAGUGGUUCUGGGGAAGCAUUCAGAUGGAUGCCAGAGCAGGGGAGUCCAUGUAUUUCUAUGAAAAGCCGGACAGCCCCGUCAUGAAGAAGGCGGUUUCCCUGCUGUCCCUCAACACACCCAACAGCAACCGCAAGAGGCGUCGUCUCCGGGACACACUGGCCCAGUUGACCAGAGAGACAGAGAUCUCGCCCUUCCCGCCCCGCAAGAGGCAAUCGGCCGAGCACUCGCUGUCCAUGGGAUCCCUGCUGGACAUCUCCAACACCCCAGAGACGGGCAAAGCCCUAGGAGGUGAGGCUAAUUCGAAGCUAGCAAAAAGCUCCACCCCUGCCCCCCAGAAGCAGUCAGCAAGAUGGCAGGUCUCCAAGGAGCUCUACCAGACAGAGAGCAACUAUGUUGGCAUCCUUGCCACCGUCUUACAGCUGUUUAAGCAUCCCCUGGAGAAAGAGGGCCAGGUUGGUGGACCGAUUUUGGCACAGGAAGAAAUCAAGACGAUCUUUGGCAGCAUCCCAGAUAUUUAUGAAGUGCAUACCAGGAUAAAGGCUGAUCUGGAGGAGCUUGUCAUAGACUGGUCGGAGGAUAAAAGUGUUGGAGACAUCAUUCUGAAAUAUUCCAAAGACUUGGUGAAAGCUUACCCUCCAUUCGUCAACUUCUUUGAGAUGAGCAAGGAGACCAUUGUGAAGUGUGAGAAGCAGAAACCGAGGUUCCACGCCUUCCUGAAGAUCAAUCAGGCAAAACCAGAGUGUGGCCGACAGACCCUGGCAGAGUUGCUGAUUCGCCCAGUGCAGAGGUUGCCGAGUGUCGCCCUCCUGCUCAACGACAUAAAGAAGCACACCGCAGAUGACAAUCCUGACAAAGUAACGUUGGAGAAAGCCAUUGAAUCACUAAAGGAAGUCAUGACGCACAUAAACGAGGACAAGAGAAAGACCGAGGGACAGAAGCAGAUCUUCGACGUGGUUUAUGAAGUGGAUGGCUGCCCAGCCAAUCUGCUGUCCUCGCAUCGCAGCCUAGUCCAUAGAGUGGAGACCGUCGCUUUAGGAGAUAAGCCCUGCGAUCGAGGGGAGCACGUCACCCUGUUUCUCUUCAACGACUGCCUCGAGAUUGCCAGGAAGAGGCACAAGGUGAUCAGCACGUUCAAGAGCCCUAUGGGGCAGACGCGGCCCCCGGCCCAACUCAAGCACAUUGCCCUCAUGCCCCUGUCCCAGAUCAGGAGGGUCCUGGACCUGCAGGAGACGGAAGACUGCCGGAACGCCUUUGCCCUGGUGGUGCACCCCCCAACCGAGCAGGAGAACCUACUGUUCAGCUUCCAGCUGACGGCCGAUGACACCGUCAAGGCAACUUGGCUCAAGACGCUGUGCCGGCACGUGGCCAACACCAUCUGCAAAGCUGAUGCGGAAGAUCUAAUUCAGUGCACUGAUCCUGACUCUGUCCAAGUGAACACAAAGGAUAUGGACAGCACAUUGAGUCGGGCGUCCAGGGUCAUCAAGAAAACUUCAAAGAAGGUCACCAGAGCGUUUUCCUUCACCAAAACCCCCAAGCGUGUGAUCCAGAGGGCCUUCAUGGCGAGCAGCACCCCGGAUGACAAAAGCCCCGCCCCUGGCUCUGAGCACAGAGGCCGUCUGGGCAGCUCUUUCACAGUGUCUGUCAUCCAUUCUCCAUCCAUGGUCAACCUGCCAUCCAUGUUCGAGAGGAAGUGCCACUCGUUCAGUCGAUCGACAACUCACCUCAUAUAA